UGUCGCUCUAGUGCUGGUGCCUGUUUGCUGGCUGGUGCAAAUCAACUGGGACAAGCAGGCACUCCGGUCUCGCUCUCGCGAUCUACGUGCCAUCGGAACCGCACACAAUAUACAACACACGGGACAAGUCAGCCCCACAUUGCUUGUGAGCGCAAAUAUAUAUAUAUUAUAUAUAGUUUGAUACCUUUUUGAAAAAAAAAGUGAGUAAAGUAGCCACAUAUGUACAUAUAUUGUGUGGUGGUAAAUGCGAGUUAGAGAGAGACAGGGUGAGGCGUGCAGAAAGAAAAACAGACAACUGAUAAAACACAAAAGUGCAUUUGAGUUCAACAAGUUGUACAUUAAUUGUGGCGAACGCAUCGAUAUAUAUACUUCGUAUUUUCAAUUUUGAUGGAAAAUCACUGAGGUUUCUUCACACUGGUGCGCCAGAGAUUUAUUGCACUGUGCCUGGCUUUAGCUUUUAACACUAAAAACUAUAAUAGAACUGAUAAAUGAUGUGGUGAGCAUGUUCAUAAGAAGUUGUAGAAAUGCCAGUAUGAGAACGAAUUGUGUGUAUACACAUAUAGUAAAAUAUUGAAGAUGUUUUACUCCCAAUAACAUCCACUAACAUAUACACAAACGAAACUCCAGUGAAAACCAGCUAAAUGGUCAGAAAGUGAAUCGCCUCUUGAUAACAAAAGUGCUUCACAAAAUUAUAUAUCUCUGACUGAGAGUGUGCAGGAAAGUUGUUUUUUCUUCUUUCAUUCCCAGAAAAGUUACUUUUCCUACGCCACAUCUUCUUGUGCUCACACGAAAGAACUUUAGUUGAAGAAAAAGAGACAGAAUACGAAUGGAGUAAUAUUAGCGCUGAUCAAUCUUGAGGACAUUUCGAUCGGAAGUGCAAUUAAUAUAUCACCCAUUGGAGUGCUUUCAAGAGUUAUAUGUAUUACAGAGUAAAAUUGUCUAUGUUGCAUUCAAUGUCGUGGGAGAAGAAUUAUUUGUAACCUGUGAGAGACUAUUAGUGGCAUUAGUGGACUGUUUAUUGAAAAAAAAAAAAAAACAUAAGUGAUUUUAACAUCAUUCUGUGUGCAACACAAUGCAAAAUUAAAGGUCAUCCUCCAGUGUUGAUUGGCUCAAACAUUGUGACUUGGUCCAAGGUGGUGUGGUGAAAAGCGAAAGGAAAAUCCAUCACGACUUUUUUUUUGCUGCGCAUGAUACUGUAGCUUUUCUCACGAUUUCUGCUGUGUGCUGAAAAAUCCAUUUCACGAGCGACUUCUGCAGGGAUCUUCUAUGGUUGGCUUCGUUGUCAUCUUGAAAAAAAUAUUACUUGAAUAGCACCGGCACAACGGAGUCUGGACACCCUGUGCGACCACUGUGCAAUGAUGCUUCCCGUGUAAUUGAGGGACGGGUCAAUUGAUGGUGGUUAGGAGUUGAGUGGCGGCGGACGGGGGUGGUCCGGACAGGCGCGACAAGGACGUGAUUUCGGUGUGACAGCGUGUGAUUUUGGCGAAUGUUCAAGGAGCAAAAUUGUGGCGCACAUUCCGGUGGCGGUGGCCUAAGCGUUGAUAGCAAAUUAAUCGCCGACGUGUGUCACAUAGUUGAACGCCUGCAGCACCUGGAACACUCUCUGUGGAGAACACCACAGAGCGUGACCGACACUCCACCGACUGAGCAAGAUGAGGUAGACAAAAGACGAAUACAGAGACUCUUGGAGCGCUUUAGGAAGUACAAUCACCCGCGUGAUCCGCCGGGUGCCAUGAGUACCGAAAGGGUGUCCGGAAAUUCUGACAUGGUGGCACAACAACUCAGCUCGGUGUCCACCACAAGGGGAAGUCAGCUGGACACGGCAUCCUCUGCAAUGAGUAGCGGUGCAACUGAGGACAAUCCUACCGAUGAUCAGAGGACCAAAGAGUGUGAUAGGGAACCUCUUGUAAUUUCAGAGGAGGAUAUUCGAGCGCUCGUUAGAGAUCUCAAAAGGAAGAUAGAGUACACCGAAAGUAUGAAUUGGCUAUGUCUUUCGAAACGUCCAAUGGGCCCGCCACAGCGAAAAAGUAGCAUACCUAAACAUACGGAGGUUAAAAAGAAAUUUUUAGAAAUCUGUGAUACGGCUCUGUCCGAUGAGGUGAAAGCCGCCCUACGACUGCCCGCUUUCGAUUCGUAUGAGUGGGAGGAUGCGGAUGUUUUGCACCUAAUGCAAACCAUGUUCCUCGAGUUGGGUCUGGUCAAUCACUUCAAUUUACCAUUGGUCACCCUCCGCGAAUGGCUCUACGAGGUCUACAAGCACUACAAUGAUGUGCCAUUUCACAAUUUCCGCCACUGCUUCUGUGUUGCCCAAAUGAUGUAUGCGAUUAUAUGGCAAACAGAUUUAUUCUCAAGAUUGGGCUACUUGGAAAUCCUCAUUCUGCUUGUUUCCUGCAUUUGUCACGACUUGGAUCAUCCUGGUUACAAUAAUAUUUAUCAAAUAAAUGCAAGGACAGAACUAGCUUUAAGAUAUAAUGACAUAUCACCAUUGGAGAAUCAUCACUGCUCAAUUGCGUUUAGACUGUUGGAACAUCCAGAUUGUAAUAUCUUCAAGAAUCUCAGUAAGGAUACAUUCAAGGAAAUUCGCGAAGGAAUCAUUAGGUGCAUUUUAGCAACUGAUAUGGCACGUCACAAUGAGAUCCAGGCCGCAUUCAAGGAUAUCAGCCCAAUUUUCGACUAUUCCAAUAAGGCGCACACGAAUUUAUUGUGCAUGGUGCUAAUCAAAGUGGCGGACAUAUCCAAUGAGGCACGUCCAAUGGAGGUUGCAGAGCCAUGGCUGGACCGGCUACUGCAGGAAUUCUUUGCACAGAGUGCCGCGGAAAAGAAUGAAGGUCUCCCGGUGACACCAUUUAUGGAUCCGGACAAAAUCAGCAAGAACGGAAGUCAAGUUCGCUUCAUAGGUGCAGUAUUGCUACCCCUAUUUGAAGCUCUCGGCGAAAUACUACCCGAACUCAAUGAUUUCAUCAUAAAUCCCGUACGUGUGGCACUGGACUACUACAAACGACUCAAUGAUGCGCAAACGCGUUCACGAAGAUCCCUCGUGGAGACAGAAAAUUCAUCUGAGGGUGGAUCUCCGCCAUUGCCACGAUCCCAGAGUGGCAUGAGCAUGAGAUCCCGACGCAGCAUUCCAUCACAAAAGUCCAAUUCUCGCACAUCUGUGGAUGAACCCCUUUGCAUUGCAGCCGAGUUGCAUGAUCUUCCAGAGGGCAGUGAGAGUGGUGACUCCGAAACAGCCACAGAAGUUGAGGUCGCGGAGAAGACGUCAAAGUUCAAAGUGGACACAGAGAGCAGUGGUCGAAGUAAAUCGACACAGACAAGUAAACGGCAGGUCAGCAAAGAGAAGCGACCAUCGAUGUGCGUUGAGAUGUACUGCAAUCGCAUGAGGGGCUCCUAUGGCAACAUCCAUACUCAUCAUCCCCAUAGGACACCCUUUGGAUCAAAUAGGGCCGUGAGUUUGGAUCAAUAUCAGAAUAGAAGGAUGUCGGACGGACUGCAGGCGGUCACGAGCGACACAGCUGUCUACUAUGCUCAUCAUCAGCAGCAGCAAUUGCUGCAGCGUCACAAUCUUGCAAUGGAGCAUGAUGCAAUUGCCGAGCGUGCGGGUGAAUUUACAAAUGGAUGUGGUCAAACGGAGAAGAGCAAGAGUCUUCCGGCGCAUGAGAUGCGUCUGGGAAAGAUGUCCGGAUCAUCGACACAGUACCACACAAAUAGUGUAGCAUCCGGUGCAAGGAAUAUCAUUUCGCGUUUGCGACAGCUCACAGGACGUUUUGGUUUGAGCUUCGAUCGAGAUUCAAAACGACUACCGCCGGCUGGCACGGCGGGAUCCACCAUGACUACGGCGUCUGUCUCACCGUCAAAGAACAACAACGCUGGCACCCCAAAGGCUGAUGGGUUUUGUUGUAAUUUGUCCCAUAGGAGUGUAUCACCGAAUCUCAAGUGUCGCGGUGAUGUCUUCCUCGUUAAUUCUUCCCGCAAUCGCGCCUACAGUCUCGAUGUGCCGAUUAAGCAUCGCUACAGCAGUAGCAGUUCCAGCCGCAAAAGUUCGGCAUCCAACAAGAAUGACGAUGAUGGUGCUGGAGCCACCGCGGGCGGUCGGUUCCAGCACGAGGGUACCGCAUGCGUACGACUCCCGGAGACGCCGCCAAUGGCAUCCAUGGGACCCAAUGAUACCGGUGGCGGUGGGAACCCGGAUAAUAAUAAUAUUUGACGACGGAGCACGGACGCCACGACGGCGAGUGCACUCUCCAGAAACGGAUCGUUCUCCAUAAAUUGGACAUGCAUUGGCGACCGACUUAGCGCCCUCGUUUGCAAGUGCUGCGAGAGCAAUCUACCACUCAAUCCGGAGAGUGUUUAACAUCCUAUCGCCCCGACGAUGUGGGUCCCCCCUCCUUUGUGUGCUUAUGAUCAAUGAAAGAAUUUAAAUAAUUUUAGAUAGAAAACUGUUGUUUCUCCCCUUGGACUACCUUUACCCUCUAAUGAAACGUAUUUAUAAGUAAAAAUAAAAUAAAGUAGAUAAAUGUGAAAUUGAUGCAAUUUUACAUCCGGUAUAGUGUAAAAAUUUAUUAAGAUCUGUAAUGUGAGAACUUUUAGUUGUUGGUACGUAUAAAAAGAAUUUUGUGGCAAAUUUUAAAAGAAAUUUUUAAAUUAAGUUUUAAUCAUCACAAGAGAUUGUAUUGAUAAAUUAUUAAUUUUUAUUUCUUUUGUGUUUUAUCUUCUGGACGAUAUCCCAUAAAAAUUAUAUUUCAUUUUUGUGAAGAAACCCCAUAAUUAAAAUUUAUGAUCUAAAUUCUCAAGAUUGUAAAAUUUUGCAACGAAGUUUUCCAUUGUAAUCAUCUAAACUUUUAUGUCGUAAUAAAAACUAAAAAUCAUUCAAAAUUCUUCCAUUUUUUAUCCAAUCAGGCCCAGACGGUUUAAAUGCACUGAAAGAGGUCUAACAAUUUUCUUCCAAGCCAUUUAAAGCUUUUUUUCUUCUAAAAUUAAAUUAACAAUACAAUCUCUUUUCUAGUUAAUGAUUCUUUGAAGAAAAAUCAUCUCCUCACACAGAAUUUUAUCUUAAGUUGCAAAUUUUCACUUUUUAUUCUUCAUUUUCACUCUUCAAUACUCUUCUCUUUGCUCUUUACAAAAGAUAUUAACGUUUUUUAUGAGAAUAAAAACCAUUUUUUUAUAUUAAUGUUAUACAUUGUAUAAAUGAUUAAAUAAAGUUUUUAUUUGCAUUAUUACCGAACAAGUUGUGAAUUUAGAAACUUUAAUUUGAUAACAAAAAAAACUUUCAUUAUCACUUUGAGCUUUUUUCUUACUAUAUAGUAAAUUAUUUUUCUCACUUUUCUAAACAGAAAGUCUUUCACAAAUCAUUUUAAAAGUAAAAAAAGGAAUAGUUCUAUAUAGUAAAUAAAAAAAAAAAACAGUGAAAGUUAAACUUAUAGAGGAAUGAAUAACCAGAAAAUUGUAAACCAAAUUUAUCAAGAUUAAAUGUAGAAAAAGACUGAAAGAGUUGGUAUUAUCAAUUGAAACCUUUUCCUAAUGCAAUUUUUUGAAGAAAGAAAAAUAAUUUAAAAAUAGAUAUGUCAAAGAGAAGAAAGGCGCGAUUUUUGUGUCCAUGUCUAGAUGAUAAAAGAUCAUUAUCAGCUUCCCAGAAAAUAAAAAUUUAUGGAAAAAGGAAUGGAGAGAAAUACAAUCCCUGUAACAGUUACAUCAAAUAGCCAUUUAAAAAAAAAGAAAAGAAAUAGAAGAUAAAAGUAAAUUAUAUGUGUAAAAUGAAAUUUUAUAUGUGU